AUGGCACUCAGAGACGAAUCUCGCGAGGCAGCUGGAGCACAAGAAGAAGAAGAAGCCGAGAAGAGGCUCCUGCGGAUGCGUCCUCUCCUGAUUCGCUUUCCUGCAUGGGUAGACAUAUGCGGCGGCGGGAGAGCGGCUCUAAAUGCCGUUAGAUUUGUGCGGCCGAAGGCUCGCCGACGCCACGCCCACCUCGGAAAACCGCCCAAGGCGUGGUGCACCUGCGUCUUGCCUCGAGGAGCAGCGCCACCGUCGUUCAGCCACAGUUCAGGACGCAUUCCCUCCGACGUGGAGGGAUGCCAGAUGACGUCACAGUUCACGAAGCUCUUCUCCUUCAUCCUCGCCAACGUCCAUGACCCCGCCGCUCCUGACGACACAGGUCCUAGAUUUUUUUUUUUCAAGUUUUGUAUGACUGCUCUUCAGAGGUUGAGUUUAUCAUGAGAUCGUAAACGCAUUUUUCUCAGUCCCUAGUUUAAACUUUUCUAUGAAGCUCCCAUUGAAUACCUUCGCAGACUCUUUUCGGUUCUGAACGUAUUCUGCAUUCAUUGAAAGGAUCGCAUUGUAAUGUCCGGAUUGAAAGUUUUCUUAAUUUUUUGCACAACUUUUGAAGAUAGCUAACUAAAAAUAGAGGCUUUGAUUGGAAAUAAUAGUUGAAAGAACUUUUAGGAUUUAUGAAGCAACUGUUCAACUCCUAUCUAGUUACGUGUCUAUUUUUGAAACAGUGAUCUUAGCUUCAUUAAAUAUUAUCUCUACAUCUUGAUUUUUGAAGUUCACAAGUGGGUGAAACAAAAAAUUUACUAAAUGAAGGGUGCCAUAAAAAAUAUUUUUUAUAUGUGUUUUUAUUUUUUUUUCCUUUCUUUAACCUUGCUGUGAGGGACGGAACUUCAGUUCAUUUUUUUCUUGAACAGCUACAGUUUUAUUUUUAUAUAACCUCAGGGAAGAUUAAAGUCUUUUUUUCUAAAUCGAGAAUAAUCGAAGCAAAAACCCCCAUUUAAGAUUUAAAAAAAUUCUUCUCUGAUGACCAUGAAAAAUUUAAAAAAAACCUAAUUGAAGAAGCUUUUAAUGAUUUUUCUUACUCUAUUUUUUUCAAGAUAAGAAGUAAGUCUGAAAAGAUUUAUUUGAGAAAUCUCUUUUCCUCCUUUUUUUAUUUCUAAUAUGGCCACUUUUCAAAGCAGCUAAUUUGGCCAAUGGUGCAGGAAGCUUAAGAAAAUUUCAUCGAGAUGAAGAUCAAUCAAAAAAAAAAUCAAAACUUUUAAUUUCUCACACGAAAGUACUAACAUUUUCGAAAUAGAUGUAGGGAGAAUGUGGAAAAAUAUUUUCUAGAUAAUAGAUAAGAAAUUAAUUCUUUUUUCGUUGAUGCCCACUGUUAUUUGAAAAAAUCCACUCAGAGAGUUUUCGAUCAAGUUUUUAUAUAAUGACAAUACGUUUUUGCGCCAGGACCGUUAAUAUGAUCUUUUUCUAUUUUUUUAAAAAAACUUCGACAAACUUUCAAGGCUAAAAUUUAAGGAUUUUUUUGAAAUUUUGUGGAUGUUGGAAGAAGCACAUCGCUACACCAAACCACCAGAAGGAGUUUGUCCACAAGAAUUUCUCAAUAACUUGAUAGAUUGGAAGGAAAAAACGAACAAAAAUGACAGAGAACACAUGUCAGGGUGUCAAGCGACAACGAACGGAGAUAAAAACAGGGCAGAAAUCAGAGUUGUUGCGGACCUCAGCACAAUCGGAUGCUUUUCAAAGACUUGUCACUCAUCCCGUCCAUUCCAUUCUCGGCUUCUUCCAAGCUGCUUCGUCUUCUUCUUUCCGCCCCGGACUCCCUCGCGUCUUUUCCUAUUUUUUGGGCAACAUACACACGUCUGACGGCGAUUUCUACAACAAAUUGGAUGGCAGCCGAUGUCCUCCAACUUGUCUCCUACCUUUUAGCCAACGUCUCAGACUUCACCACAGGUUCCUCAAUUUUUUGUGACUCUCUGCUCUUUUGGGUCCGGGAAUUUUCGCUGAGGAUCGAUGCCUAGAAGUUUUUGCUUGUUUCGUUCCUUUUCUUAGGUUUCUUGAAAAUCGUACUCGAAGACAACCGUAGAAACUUUUGGCUUCGGGUAGAUACGCAACCGCGAAGCAAUAUUCCUCUAAUCGCUUAGAUUUUAAAUGAUUUUCUUUGCGGUCUAAUGGGAAUAUUUGGGUUUUAUCCCCGACUAAGAGGAAUUUAAGGAAGAACAAAUAUAUUAAUUCAAUUUCAAAGAUCCCGGCCAGAAUUAAACUAACACUUUCAAAAUAGAAGAAAUUAGCAACGUUUUUUUCGGAGGGAAAUCAACUUUUUUUGAAAGCGACUUUUUAAAAAAAGGAAAAAGAACUAUUAAAAAAACUCUCGGUAAUUGAUAUCCUCUAAUUGAACAAAAAAAAUUAAUCAAACUGCAAGAAGGAGAAUUAAUUUAUGUGCUAUUGAAGGAUCAUGGCCCUUUGUGCAUUCGGUCGAAGCAAAAGGGGUUCUGCUAGAAAGCUUCAGGUGGUUUGAAAAAGAAAAAGAUUCCGUAGACUUCUCCAAUUUAAUUAGCAGUUCGAGCCAUCAUGAGAAGAGCAGGAAUCGUUUUGUUUUUGAUAGAAGACGAUUUUUCUCUUAGCUAACGCUCGGUUUCCUGCAGCAGGAAGCGCAGCUCGACUUCAGUUAAUUAUCGUACAUGCAAAUAUUUCGCGCCUCUCAUUAUCAGCUUGUAGGUCUAAUAAAAAAAAGGCCGCCUCCGUGCCGAACAUCCGUGCUCUAUUGAGACAUUCACGUCACACGUAGUCGUUUUUUUUUUCGGUUUUCCUCGGGGGUCCAUUUAAAAAUGACGCCGUUUGAACCAAUGCAGAGACAAAUGUUGCGAAGGGCCAAGAAUAUGGCAAACUCGCCCGAGGCGAUUCAUUUUCGCUCUAAUUUUAAUUAAAUCGUCUGUCGACGCACUCAUUCGGCCGUGAAGGCGUCGAUGAGCCGCUUGAUUGUCCUUUCCGCCUGUUUUAAUGACUUUUUAAGGGGGCUUGGUGUUUGAACUAGGCCUUAAUGCCCUUUCAAACUUUGUAGACAUUCUAUUUUUUUAACACGUGCUUUAAUUGUUAGAAAUUGAGGCGUUUUCAUAUUUUAAUCAUAAUGGAUCAAGGGAUUUGAAUCAAAAGCCUUUAAGCUGCAGAAUAAUAGGAAAAGGAAUUCAAUCUCUUUUCCAGCUUGUUUCCAUCGAAGAGUAAUUGCGGGUCGCAGGAAAUUUUUUCGAGAGUUUUUUAGCUAGGUUUCGACUAACUUCUUGAAGAGUCUAGGAGCUUACUGGAAUAGUUUUCGUUUUUUUUCUGCAUUUUGAUCCAGAGAAAAACUUCUGUGGGAAUCGGAUGAAUGGGUCAUUGCGAUUCUUUAGGAAUCAUUUGCGCGAAAUGACCCACCACUUGUCAUGCUUUUUGCUUAGAUUCGCCUUUUGCCUACCAGUCGGCUCCCAUUGCUUUUCCGAUCCGAGCUCGUUUUUGAGCAAGUACUACUUAUUAAGUAGACUUAUGCUCAAUGGCACUUGCGCCGGCUGUCGUUGUUCCAAAUGGCCACAUAAAUCUUAGGGAGAUUCCAAGAUUUUUUUUUCUCAGCGUCGUUGGAGACGAUUCAAGAAUUCAGUUUUUGAAGUGAAUGAUUGAAGUGAUUCGGUCUUCAGUGAUAGAACCUAGCUGAAGCUUUUGCUGUCCAUCGCGCUUGUCGGUGACCACUUCUGGGCGUCGAUAUUAAAUAAAACGUUUGCACGAAACUUGUCUGCCGUUAACAAGUUUUUGUGGUGAGAGCAAACGAGGAUGUGCAGCCGCACUCUUUUUCUUUUCGUUGCCUCUCCGAAAAAGCGCCCGAGGGCACAAUCGACCUACUCGAGUUGACCUCACCUGCCACGACCAUUGGGGUCCCAAGCGGGACUGUCAAAACAAGAUGGUAGAAUGGCUUUGUGACAAAAAACAAUUGUAUAGAAACUUGUUAUAGGUAAGAGAUGGCACGGUUCGGAACAAUAGUUAUCACUGUAAAAUAACCAAACUUUUAUCUUUGAUUUAUUUUGAUUUUAGAGCAAGUUUUAAAUUACCCAUUUUGAGAACGUUCCUCUUUGAAAUAACUGGAUAGUGCAUUUUUCAAGCUUUUUCAAACAGAUCAAGGAGAUUUCACAAAAAAGGUUAUUCAGAGAAAAUCUUGCUUUUUGAAAGAAGCAUAGGCAAAAUUAUGUGAAGGUACCGAGAAGAAGAACCUUUUUUAGAAACUUAUGACAGCAAAGGAAAGUUUUCCCUUCCCUAGUAAUGUUACUCGUUGUUCUAUGUAAUGAAUAGUUACUUUUCUAUCUGACGAUCGAUUAACUUAUAUUUUCCUAGGAAUAGUUACUUUUCUAUCUGACGAUCGAUUAACUUAUAUUUUCCUAGACCGGAUACUUUUUCGGCUUUCGAAUCACUCUGAUGCUACACUAGUUGUUUCUGCGGCUUUUCUCCAAGUUUGUCAGAAAUGCCCAGAAUAGUUCAGUCUCCCAAAACGCCGCCUAACUUUUUCUACAUGAUUGAAUUUGUUGCUGGGUAAUUGCGAAAGUAACUGGGAUAAAGUCCGCAAUAGGCUUAAAGGUAAAUUAAUUAUUCGGAAAAGGUCAGCCGACUGUGAAUUCCACGUAUGGCCCCUAAUUGAAAUCGUUAGCGCGGAGCUAUAUAUUAUAGUAAGUACCUACUCGGUGCAAACUUUCCCGCAGGUAAAGUAGAAUCAAUAUUAAAAUCAAAAGAUGAUAUUUCUUUCAAGUCUUGAAUUAUUCAAACGAGAAGUAUCGUUUUGAAACCGUUAAUAUUACAGUUUUCGGAAAAAUAGUCACCUCAAAGCAUCGUGUUGUACUUUAAAAAAAUGGAAGAAUGUUUUAAUUUUUACAUUAAUUGUUUUUUUCCGUUGGAAUAAAUUUUAAAAUUUGUUUUAAGUAAACUAUUUCAGUUGGAAAUUAUAUAUUUUUCAUUACCAGAGACCAAAGUUAUCUUAAAAAUUCCUAUGAAAGAAAAUCUUUUGAUUGAAUUUCUUUGCACUCAUUCCAAUCUGUCAUCGAAAUUGAGUGUUUGUUUUCUAUUUAUUUACCAAAUCUCUUGUCCAUUUUCGGAGUAACGCAGUAGUCGAAUCGCUUUGUUCCAAUGAAACUUGAUAUUUUGAAGGUUUUUUUUUUUGGCCAGAAUGCUUUCCAUUGUGUGCCGUCGCUUAAAUGCUUAGCCGCGAACAAGAAAAAGGAUGAAAAGGGGCGCGAAAAAUUGGAAAAGCUCUCUUGAAAAACCCAUUGUUUUGUGUCCUCGUGGUUCAAAUCGUGGCGCCCGCGUGAAAAAGAGUUUUUGGACUUUAAAGGACCAUUUGGAGGUGUGAAAUGAACAAAAAAAACUAGCAAGUGUUGCGUUUUUCCGAUAACAUAGUUCUGAUCAUAUAAAAUCAUAAAACGGCAUUCGUUCACUUUUUCUCGCCUUCAAAAGAUCUUUCGUGGGAUUUUUGAUUAAUUUACUUUUUCCUAGAAACAAGAUAGAAAAUAAGCGUCUAUAAAGGGAGUUGCAAAGAUGAUAAAAGGUCCAUUAACCAUAAAAAGGGCGAAAAAGGAAACUUUUUAUCGUAUUGUAAAGGUUUUUGAAGGAGUUACAUUUCUUCACUUAGGGUUUUUUUGAAGCUCACUUUUUCAUACUCUAGUAAAAAUCUUUUUUUUUCAGAAAGUCUUGUAAGUUCCGUGAAUCGUCUGCCUUUUUUCUGCUAAAUUGAUAGAAUGACUGAAAAACAAACGAGAAAAAACGUCUUUGUAUAUUUUUUCGAUCAUUAAGUCAGAAUGUUAACGAGCAUACUAGUACAAUAUCUUUGAAAAUUUCAAGUUCGCAGCACAAGUCGAUCAGAUCAUUUUCGUGAGUUGCGAAAAAGGAAGAUUUGUCUAGCUACUACAGCCCAAAUCAAUUCAAAACGCGCAAUUUUGGGAGAUUUCAGCGCUACGGUUACCAUGCUACAGCUGCAUGAGCCCCUAUCUCGAGGACCACUACGGCUACAUUUCCCACCUCUACAGGAAGCCAAUGUCUUUCGACGUUCAUUGCGAUAAACAUAGGUCUGUUCGUUUUUUUAUUUGAGCUGAUCCCAAAUAGAAAGAAGUUUCGAAAAGAAACAACUUGCUUGCCUGUCAGAUUGCGUGAUUUCUUGUUUUUUUUGCAAUAGUUCUUUCCUUUUUGCAGAAAAAGAAGUUAUUGGAAAUCUCUACAUUCUGAUCAGCUACUAAUAAUCUUAAGUUGCUUUUUAUUAAGCCAAAUCCAUGUUUUUUUUCGAUAAUGCAUAAAAAAAACUAUCGAAGGAGCAACAUUUUUUUUUUCGAAGAGUCUUAUCCUCUUUUCUGAAUAAAUGUGUGUAAAUGUGUAAUAGUGUGAUCAUAACUUUGAUAAAGUUCGAUUUUCCGUUAUUGUGAAUUUUUUAAAAAAUAAUUUUUAGUUUGGAUCGAAAUUAUUUGUAUAUGAAGAAUUGCUCGGAUAUGUGUAUAACGCUCAGGAUACACGAUGUCGUGGGAGGUUCGUUUUCUUCUCUUUUUGUCAAAGUAGCGAGUUCAGAAGAGAAUUUACUCUUUCAAAGGAAAGAGUAUAGAGUGUUCUCUUUCUUAACAAGGUUAAAAGCUACUUUCCUAGUUAAAGAAGUUUUUUUCACUCUGUAGCAAGAAGAAAUAAACUCCAGAAGCUUUUUAAAUUAUUUUUUUCCUGUUUUUGUUCGACCAGGCACUUUUUUUCACUUUUUCUUAUAAAUUAAUUCUCUAGAAAGUUGUUUACUUCUGAACAACUUGAAAAAAAGAACAAUCAUUUUUUUGUUUAUCAUGUGCGAAACAUUGAAAUUGAAGUAUGGGCAGGGGAGACUGUGAUGUGGAAAUUCAUUCUUUUUUUCUUAUCCUAAACUGUUUUGAUCGAUUUUUUUAUUAAUUUUGGUUGUUAUUUUAAAGAUUCUUCAGUAUUAGAUUGAUUGCGUCGUGACUUAAUACCCAAAAAAGAUCUGAACAUAAGAGAAUAAGACCUUUAAAAGAGUGCCUUCUCAGCCUUUCUCGGAAAAGCUCUUUUAGGAGGAAAAGAUUAAGGUAAAAGGAGAAUUCAAAGAGAAAGGUCCUAAAGAGAAAGGUUGAGGAGCGGAUAAGACAAUUCUUUAUCAGCGAAAAAUGGGGAAGUUCAGAUAAGUUUUCAGAGACGUCUGUCUUCUUUCAAAAUUGAUAGCUUUUUAUGAGAUUUUGGAGCCUCCUAAGCUGAAGGAGGGUCAAUCUUUGAAAGAAUUUCGGUAUUUCAAUUGAAGAAUCAUUGCAGGACGGCGAAGACACGGCUACCUGCGCGGCUGUCUGUCGGACCUGCAGGGCUACAAUCACACGGUAAUUCGUGGACUUGCCGAACGACAGGGAUGUCUCGGUUCGUUUUCUCCAUUACAAUGUCUCCCAAUUUAUUUCGUUCCAAUAGAAUAUUCCAUACUCCCUCACAGUUUUCUUACUUUUCUUUACGAUUUGAAAUUUUUGGAAAAAUUUGCUUAAUUACUCUUCAAUUGUCUAUAUUAGUACUUGCGCAAACUUGUCGUUCUUUAGAUAAAUAUUAUUAAACUUUGAAAAUUAGCUCAAAGCCCAUAUUUUGCAAUCUUGAACAAUUAUAUCUCCAAAACUGAUAUUUUGUGUAAGUAGUGACUAAAGGGAUUUUCAAUUAGACCUUUCGAGAAUUUUUGAGCGAUUCUGUAAGAAAUUACAAACGGCAAAGUAAAAUAAUCUCCCUUGUUAUGCAAAAAAAGUUUUUUUCUACUGUUUAAUUAUCUUUUUCAGUAUAACUUCACCUGUAUUUUUCGGUGGAAUUUUUUUAAAUGUUUGAUGCUUAGAAAUUUCGAUCUUGGAAUCAUGAAGAUGGCGAUCAAGCUUUCCAAAUUUUUUUACUUGCGAAAAUAUGAAUAUCAAUAUUUGAACCAAAGAAGAUUUGAUUUUGCCAGUUAGGUUUGUUGUUCUGGUCUGACAUCUCUUGAUUUAACCCAGGUUACGGCUAUCCCGAUUCUAUUUAAGGAAGUUUCAAUAACUUUAACUGUUAAGGAGUUGACUCUUUUCAAGAGUUUGCAUUUAACUUUGGCUAGUUUUCCUAUGAUUAAGAAUCUAUAAAAAAAAAUUGAUAAUCAAUAGAGACAUUUUUUUUUAUUCGAAUAGAGAAGAUCGUCUGAUUUUUUUAAGUUAGAAAUUUUUUUAAUUUUUUUCUCAGUCAUUGCAUUUUAUUCUUUUUUUGGAUAUCUUGUAUUUCGUCGCAAUUAUCAAUGUGGAUCCUGUACAAGGUAUUCGUAAAGCGUGGAAAAGUUUCAUUAUUUUGGAUAUGAACGAGUUUCUGAAUGGAAGAAGGUUUCAGAGACGACAGCUCGGGAACUGUUCCUGCCGACGGCGCAGCGCCAGGAGCUCGAACAGUUGCCUUUGGGCCUGUGCGCCUGCCACAACAGCCUCUGCAACGUGGCGACGUCGCCGUCCGUCGGCUUCUGCCUCGCCGUCCUCCUUCUCAUCUUCUUUCUUGUUUUCACCCGCUGA